AUGGGAAAGUCAAGAGUUCCCAUUCCUUCGCAAUACGAACUGCAGGUCGUUCGAUUGAAAAAUACCGUUUUUGGUCGGGUGUCUCGAUACCACGGCGAUUUUGCACAUGCGGCAGACUGCUUGACUCUCUGUAUCAAGGCGGUUUCUACGGAAUCCAGCCGUUAUCACCACAAGCAUCAUCUGGCGGAUGUUCUCUGUGAGUUGCAACGCUCUCGUGACGCCGAAAAUCUGUCGAAGUGUGAUACCGAAGACCUCAGAAUCCAUGGCAAACAAAGGUCAAAAGCAUUCAGACGUCUCCUCCUUCCGCGGACUGAGGCGUGUAUUCAGCAACACAAGUUUGAAGACGCCUGGUCAACUCUUCGACAACUUGACGAGACCUUUGGCUCUUUGGAUUUCCUCGAUGUUUCUGACCAGCUUGGCCACGUCCGUUCAAUUUUCGGCCUGGUACGCCGCAAGUGCAAGGGAGCCAUUUAG